AUGUCCCUCUCCUGCUUCUUCAACCCUCACCAUGGCUGUUCGUUAAAUGCCAAUGGCCACGGGGAAGUGUGGGCAGACUGGAACAGCACAUCCAAGUUCUUCCAGUAUGGUUGGAGGUGCACCACCAACGAAGACUCUUACUCUAACAAAACUCUGCUGGGCAACUGGAAUCAGGAGCGCUAUGACAUUCGGAGAGUUCUGCAGCCCAAACCUCUCCCUUCCCAGUUCAGCCACUACUUCGAGCCCACCUACUUGUCGGAUUAUUCCAAGGAAAUGCCUCGCAGUACAAGAAGAGUUACGCGAGAGCCUCACUGGUUCCCCGGGCACCAGCCGGAACUGGAGCCUCCUCCAAUCAAGACAACUGCUCGGUCAUGCUACAUGAUAGACUACGAACCUCCACAUGGCAGGGAACCCGCUGUGGUGGUUGAAGCAAAGACCAAGGAGCCAGAAGAGACUCAGCCGAAGAAGUAA